AAGGCCGCUCCGCGCGCUCUCCCGCAAGAAGCUGAGGAUCUCUUGUGGGUUGCUUUUCUAGACUACCGGGUCCCAAGAUCGCCAGGUUGUGGAGGUCCGGCGGGAGACGCAUAGUCACAGCAAGCCCGUUCCCCGCCUCGCAGCAAGCACAGCUAGAGCCUCGAGCGCACCGCGGCCAUGGAGCCCAGCAGCAAGAAGGUGACGGGCCGCCUCAUGCUGGCCGUGGGAGGGGCAGUGCUCGGAUCCCUGCAGUUUGGCUAUAACACUGGUGUUAUCAACGCCCCUCAGAAGGUAAUUGAGGACUUCUACAACAAGACAUGGGUCGACCGCUACGGAGAGCCCAUCCUGGCCACCACACUCACCACACUCUGGUCCCUCUCGGUGGCCAUCUUCUCCGUCGGGGGCAUGAUUGGUUCCUUCUCUGUGGGUCUCUUCGUUAAUCGCUUCGGCAGGCGGAACUCCAUGCUGAUGAUGAACCUGUUGGCCUUUGUGUCUGCUGUGCUCAUGGGCUUCUCCAAGCUGGGCAAGUCUUUUGAGAUGCUGAUCCUGGGCCGCUUCAUCAUUGGAGUGUACUGUGGCCUGACCACUGGCUUUGUGCCCAUGUAUGUGGGAGAGGUGUCACCCACAGCUCUUCGUGGAGCCCUUGGCACUCUGCACCAGCUGGGCAUCGUCGUUGGCAUCCUCAUUGCCCAGGUAUUUGGCCUAGACUCCAUCAUGGGCAAUGAAACCUUGUGGCCCCUGCUGCUCAGUGUCAUCUUCGCCCCAGCCCUGCUGCAGUGUAUCCUGCUGCCCUUCUGCCCCGAGAGCCCCCGCUUCCUGCUCAUCAAUCGGAACGAGGAGAACCGGGCCAAGAGUGUGCUGAAGAAGCUCCGAGGGACAGCCGACGUGACCCGGGACCUGCAGGAGAUGAAAGAAGAAGGCCGACAGAUGAUGCGGGAGAAGAAGGUCACCAUCCUAGAGCUCUUCCGCUCCUCCACCUACCACCAGCCCAUCCUCAUCGCUGUGGUGCUGCAGCUGUCCCAGCAGCUGUCGGGCAUCAACGCCGUGUUCUAUUACUCGACCAGCAUCUUCGAGAAGGCAGGCGUGCAGCAGCCUGUGUACGCCACCAUCGGCUCAGGGAUCGUCAACACGGCCUUCACUGUGGUGUCGCUGUUCGUGGUGGAGCGAGCUGGACGGCGGACCCUGCACCUCAUUGGCCUUGCUGGUAUGGCAGGCUGUGCUGUCCUCAUGACCAUCGCUCUGGCUUUGCUGGAACAGCUGCGCUGGAUGUCCUAUCUGAGCAUCGUGGCCAUCUUUGGCUUUGUGGCCUUCUUUGAAGUAGGCCCUGGUCCCAUCCCAUGGUUCAUUGUGGCUGAGCUGUUCAGCCAAGGGCCCCGUCCUGCUGCUGUGGCUGUGGCCGGCUUCUCCAACUGGACCUCCAAUUUCAUUGUGGGCAUGUGCUUCCAGUAUGUGGAGGAACUGUGCGGCCCCUACGUCUUCAUCAUCUUCACGGUGCUCCUCGUGCUCUUCUUCAUCUUCACCUACUUCAAAGUUCCUGAGACCAAAGGCCGGACCUUUGAUGAGAUCGCGUCUGGCUUCCGCCAGGGAGGUGCCAGCCAAAGUGACAAGACCCCUGAGGAGCUCUUCCACCCUCUGGGGGCCGACUCCCAAGUGUGAGGAGCCCCACACCCAGCCCGGCCUGCUCCCAGCAGCCCCAAGGAUCUCUCUGGAACACAGGCAGCUAGACGAGGCCUCUUCCAAACUUGACAGAUCUCAGGCGAGCCGGGCCUGGGUGCCUUUCUUCAGCCAGCAGUGAAGUCCAGAAGAAUAUUCAGGACUCUGGCUCUAGAAUUUUUAAUGAAAGCAAGACUGUUGCUCAGAUCUAUUAAGAUAAGCAACAGGUUUUAUAAUUUUUUUUAUUACCGAUUUUGUUAUUAUUUUUUUUUUAUCAGCCACCCUCC